AGGUGACGGCUGUGACGGACGUUCAUGCUGGAGAGGACAACGUCUUCACCACGACGGUGGCCACGUCAGGAAGUCUCCCUGAACACGUGCUGAGUGGGAGGACAACCCUCCAGCUGGGUGAUGGUCUCAGCACCCAGAAGGCCACCUUGAUCGUGGUUCACACUGACGGCAGCAUCGUGGAGGCUACUGGCCUCAAGUCUGCAGCAUCAAUGACAUCAGGCCCGCUGACUCCGCCCACCCCGCUGACUCCGCCCCAGGACAAGGACUCCUGCUCCAAGUACAACUGGGACCCCUCGGUCUACAACAGCGAGCUGCCGGUGCGCUGCAGGAACACCAGCGGAGUCCUCUACAAGACCCGGCUGGGAUCAGGGGGCAAAGGUCGCUGCAUCAGACACAACCAGCAGUGGUUCACCCCCACCGAGUUUGAGGGUCUGGCGGGAAGAGCGAGCAGCAAAGACUGGAAGAGGAGCAUCAGAUACGCUGGCAGGCCUCUGCUCUGCCUCAUACAGGAGCGUAUCCUGAACCCCCACGCUGCUUCCUGCACCUGUGCAGCCUGCUGUGAUGACCUGACAGGGUGUCCAAAGGAUGGCGAGACUCUGGAAGCAGAAAACAUCAGUAUGACCGGUCCAGUCCGCCUCUUCGUCCCGUACAAGAGACGGAAGAAGGACAACGAGCCUCUGGUCACCUCCCCAAAGAAGGAGCUCCCCGCCACCAAAAACAUUACGCUGACGCCGGGGACCACGUGUACGUCAGGUGAACUCAGCCCGACUGUGAUUGGUGGAGCCUCACAGCAGAAGAACGGAAAAGAUAGUUUCUGGUUCAGGAUCAGUUAU